AUGCCCAAUUCAAUCAAAAACGAAGUUCCAAUGGAAUACGACAGCAACGAAAUCGACACAAACGUCGCCGAAGAAUCCUCGAAUUCCGACAAACAAACCGAAGACAACUGCUCGAAUUCCUCGAAGGCCACGUUCAGAAUUAAACCUUUCAACGAGAGCAAGGAGCUCGAAGAACAUCUAAGAAAAUACGACGAAUUCGUCGCGCCCGACAUUUAUUCCCUGCCCAGCGUAAACGUCCAGGAGAAGAUCAUUUUAGUAAUCGAUAGAGCCAACGAUGAACACUGCACCAGCUUCAAAUCAAGCGACGAUACCACCGAGACCUUCACCCCCAUCACCAUGCUGAAGAGAGCCUUGAACCUAUUCCUCGAAACGAAACACAGCAUCAACAAAAAGCACGAAUACGCUCUGAUAUUACUGAACGAAAACGACAUUACGUGGGUGCUGCACUUCACGAGUGAUGUACGCAAGAUACGCAAAGCCAUAGAUAAAAUCACGGUGUGCGAUGUGGAGGAUACCUUCGAUAUGAACUUGCUAUUCGAGCAGAUCAACGACAACGUCAUAGUGCCCGAGGACGAGAUUCCGCCUUAUCUGAUUCGUACGAUCAUUUUCUACAACCGAUCGUACACCAUACCGAAGAUCGAGUUCUCCAAGCCGGUGCUCGAGCUGCUGGCCAAACGGUACUUCAUCUGCGAUGUGCUGUACACGCACGAGAAGAACGAUGAGAGCAAUCAUUGCAGCAGGAUUUUUAAUUGCUUGGAGGAUAUGGACAAAAAGGACGAUUAA